UAGACGAAUCCGUUGCCACUCUAACAAGACUGAACCAAGGAACAGAGAUGUGAAAGGCGAGUGCCAUGUAACCAGAAACUCGAGAAUUGGUUGAAGAAGAAGAAGAAGAAUAAUAAUUUUGAAAUCCUGAAAAUGCCUCCACAGAUUCCUCAACCAAACAAACCCUACUUCUUCUACGGCCACCGGAAACCCUCCCAGAAUCGCCCCACCGUCCGCGGCGGCCUCUUCUCCAACCGUCAAACUCUAGCCCCCUCUUCCUCACCUAAACCCAAGCCCAAACCUUUCAGCAUCAAAGACUGGGACCCACAUUUCCUCUCCCACCCUUCUCCCCCCUCCUCUUCCCCUUCCCCCUCCCUCCGCCUCUCUCCGAUCGCGCGUUUCAUCGUCGACGCCUUCCGCAAAAACGACAACAAAUGGGGCCCCAACGUCGUCGCAGAGCUCAAGAAGCUCCGCAGAGUGCCCCCAAACUUGGUCGCGGAGGUGCUAAAGGUUCAAACAGACCACGCUCUGGCCUCCAAGUUCUUCAACUGGGCGAACAGCCAGAAAGGGUACCAUCACAAUUUCGCCUCCUUCAAUGCCCUCGCCUACUGCUUGAACCGCAGCCACAAGUUCCGCGCGGCGGACCAACUCCCGGAAGUGAUGGUCUCGCAGGGGAGGCCUCCCAGCGAGAAGCAGUUCGAGAUUUUGAUCAGGAUGCACUCUGACGCCAACCGAGGGCUUAGGGUCUACCACGUGUAUGACAAAAUGCGGAACAAGUUUGGGGUGAAGCCGAGGGUGUUUUUGUACAACAGGGUCAUGGAUGCGUUGUUCAGGACUGGCCAUUUGGAUUUGGGCUUGUCGGUUUAUGAUGAUUUCAAGGAGGAUGGAUUGGUUGAGGAGAGUGUGACUUUCAUGGUUUUGGUGAAGGGGCUGUGUAAGGGUGGAAGGAUUGAUGAGAUGUUCGAGGUUCUGGGGAGGAUGAGGGAGAGGUUGUGUAAGCCCGACGUGUUUGCGUACACGGCGCUGGUUCGGAUUCUGGUUCGGGUGGGGGAUUUGGACGCCUGUUUGAGGGUUUGGGAGGAGAUGAAGAGGGAUGGAGUGGUGGUGGAUCCCAAGGCUUAUGCUACUAUGAUUGUGGGGCUGGCUAAAGGGGGUAAGGUUCAGGAGGGGUAUGAGUUGUUCAAGGAGAUGAAGAGUAAUGGUAUUUUGGUGGAUAGGGUGAUAUAUGGAAAGUUGGUUGAGGCUUUUGUAGCUGCGGGUAAGGUUGGAUUGGCUUUUGAUCUGUUGAAGGAUUUGGUGAGCUCAGGGUAUACGGCCGAUUUGGAGAUUUAUAAUUGCCUUAUUGAAGGUUUGUGUAAUUUGAAGAAGCUGCAGAAGGCUUACAAGCUUUUCCAGGUGACUGUUCGGGAGGGGCUUGAGCCGGACUUCUUAACUGUGAAACCGCUGUUGGUGGCUUAUGCUGAAGUAAAUAGGAUGGAAGAGUUUUGCAAGUUGCUUGAGCAGAUGGAGAAAUUGGGUUUUCCGGUUUUUUCUGAUCUCUCCAAAUUCUUCUCCCUUUUGGUGGAGAAGAACGGGCCGAUAAUGGCUGUAGACGCAUUUGCUCACUUGAAAGAAAAAGGUUAUGUGAGUGUUGAAAUAUACAAUAUUCUUAUGGAUUCUCUUUACAAGAUUGGUGAGGUGAAGAAAGCAUUAUCUCUAUUUGAUGAAAUGAAAGGCUUGAGCAUGGAACCUGACUCGAUCACAUAUAGUAUUGUGAUUCUCUGCCUUAUUGAUCUUGGUGAAAUUCAAGAGGCAGGUAUAUGUCAUAAUAAGAUCAUUGAGAUGUCUUGCAUUCCUUCCGUUGCAGCUUAUAGGAGCCUUACCAAAGGGCUUUGCAAAAUUGGAGAGAUCGAAGAAGCCAUGAUGCUUGUUCGUGAUUGCUUAGGCAGUGUUAGUGAUGGACCAAUGGAGUUUAAGUAUAGUCUUACCGUUAUUCAUGCAUGUAAAUCAAAUGAUGCCGAGAAGGUGAUUGAUGUACUAAAUGAGAUGAUGGAACAAGGUUGCUCUUUAGACAAUGUAAUAUAUUCUGCUGUCAUCUCUGGCAUGUGUAAGCAUGGAACGAUUGAAGAGGCUAGGAAGGUUUUCUCAAACUUGAGGGAGCGCAACUACUUGACAGAAUCUGAUACAAUUGUGUAUGAUGAAUUACUAAUUGAUCAUAUGAAGAGAAUUACAGCAGACUUGGUACUAUCAAGCUUGAAGUUCUUUGGUCUCGAAUCAAAAUUAAAAGCAAAGGGCUGCAAGCUGUUGCCUUGAAAAAUAGUAGUGGGGACUGAUUGUUCUCAUUUUCGUUCAACAUGUUGAAUUUAGAAAAAGCAUUUUGGAGGAUCGACAGUUGUUUUUAUCUGGAUAUGGACUAUUCUUUUAUAUAUUCAAUUUCGUGGCUGGAAACACAUUGCUGGACGGAGAUUGUUGCAUAUCCUUUAGCAUUGGACAGUUGCAUUAUAAAGGUCAUAAAUUGCAGGUUGCAAAGAUGUCAUCCUUGAAGAAAGCAAAGUCGUUCCAGAAAGGUUAACUGACGUCAAAUCAAAGCUUAAGUUCUUACAUGCUCCAUGAGUUCUGAAUAUCAACUGUUUGUGUUCUUUCCAUAAAUCCACCUUGGAAUGAAGAAUUGUAUAUAGAUAUUUAAUGAUUCAAGAAUUUAUGCAUGCUCAAACUUGGUCUACCUUUCUCCAUCAUCUCGUCAGGUCCUAGGCCCGUCAUUUACAUUGAAUAAAAGGGCUUUUAGCUGCAACUCAAGUCCAUUUUUCAGGUGCAUGAUUUAGAGAAUUAUCCUUUACUCUUGAUACGACGGCAUCAAAGGAAGUGGUCCAGGUCUGGAAGAAAUGGGCUUACAGUGAAUAGAAAACCCAAUCUUACUUGUUUUCUCUUAUAUUUCUGGAGCCACUCCUACUUGGAAAGAGCCUUCUCUAACAUUGAAUUAGUUCACGCAGAAGUAGGAUAGAUAUUGAUCAAUCCUGGGUUGAAUUGUUGACCGUAAAAAUCUUGACAUAAUAAUUUUACUUUUACCUUAAUUGAGUUUAAUAUUUUACUACAUGCAAAUAAAUGGCAUGUUUGUUUAAGUCUGUAGAGCUAUGUAUUAACCCAUUCGGCAGCUUAUUCCAAAAGCAUCUGGUGGAUAGGAUUUUACGAAGAGAUGAGCAAUAACUAGUGGCCAUUUCUUUAGCUGCUUCAAAAUAAUUCGGAUAAAGACAUGGUUGAGGGGAACACUCCAAGCAAUAGAUUAAGCAAUACACCUUUACUUUUACUUGUUCCAAA